AUGCCAGAUCAUAAAUCAUCUUAUGGUCAGAAAGAUGGUGAUGUUGAGGAAGCGCAAGCCAGUUUAGAUUCAACUGCACAGUCUGGUCCAAAAUCACCAGAUGAUGGUCUUCUUCUUAGCUCAAGUUAUGUAUCUGAAGGACCCUGUGGAGUAGACCUAAGCCUUCUUGACAGUUCUAGAAAAGGGGAUGCCUCCAAAAUAAAGGCGGGUCAUACACAUCACAAAAACCAAGAAGUUAAUCCUCCUGCAAAAACUCUUAUUGAUAACACACCGAAUAGCCUAGAGCCAAGUGCUGGUGGUACUGCUGAUGCUGCUCCUACUUCUUCUGGUAGUGUACCUAGUGGUGCUGUUGCUGCUUCUUCCAGUAGUUUAUCUAGUGGUGCUGCUGCUACUUCUUCUAGUUGUGUAUCUGGUGGUGCUACUGCAGAUCAUGAUGCUGGUGAUACUUCUUCUGAUAGUAUAACUAAUGGUGGUGCUGCUGUUGAGGCUGCUGCUGAUGCUAUUUCUUCUGGUAGUGUAUCUGGUGGGGAGGCUGCUGCUGUUGAUGCUGAUAGUGCUCCUUCUGGUAGUGUAACUGAGGAUGGUGCUGCUGCUUCAUAUAAUAGUGUACCUGGUGGUGAGGCUGCUGCUAUUGAUGCUGCUUCUACUUCUAGUGGUGUAACUGGUGUUUCUGCUGUUGGUGGUGGGGGUGCUCCUUCUUCUAGUACUGUAACUGAUGGUGAGGUUGGUGGUGCUGCGGCUGCUGGUAGCAGAAAUGUUGGCAGUGAUGAAAGGGCUCCUAUUGAAGAACCUGUAAUUCCUCCUGAAGGGGUUGUAACCCAAAGUGACCACAGCUCACCCAGCAUAACUACCCCUCCAAUCCAAGAAGAGAGACCAGGAACAGAAACUGCAGACCCCACUCAGAACGGAACACUUGAAGGAAGAGAGGAGGACCUUAGAAAUGAAGAAACAGUUACACAAGGCAAUAGAUAUGAACAACUUCAUAGUAAGUUAUUGAUAUAUAGAUACAUCCAGACUAAUUUAACUCAUUAUUUUUAUUAGCAUGAUUGUUGGCUACCUCAGAAAACCAGGGUUUUUUUUUGCUCUUUUUGGGACUUUUGCCAACAAUCUUGAAAAAGCUGUUCAUUGUGUCUUAAACAAAUUUGGAUUAAUGUGAACGAAAUGUUUGACUCAAGAGUGAUAUUGUAGGAAGGAAUUAAUCCUUAUUAAUAAUUCUCCUAACUGUCUGCCAUACCCUUCUUGCAAUGUUAGUUUGGAGAAUUUGGUAUUGGAUCAACUUAUAAUCCCACUAUCGAUAGUUUUCUUUAUUCUCAUCACUUGUCUGCUUGAUAUUGUAUUGAUAUUGUAAGGAGAAAUUCUGUCUUGGUCAGUCAUGGGAGUUAAAGGGUUGAAUGAUAAUCAGUUUUUGGGUCAAAGGGUUAAACUUGGAGUGAGUUUUAUUUUCUGAUACCUUUUCCCCAAUAUACAGUUUUAUGUACCUAUUUCUAUUCUGUUCAACAUCUCACAUGAAAGAAUAUGUAAUGUCAUUGUUGGUGAGUCACGAUUAAACCUUUCACUCUAAGGAGUGACCAACAAAGAAGUUCUUUGUGUAAUAUCCAUACAUUUUCAAGCAGGGCCCAGUUGUCCAAAGGGCAGAUAAAGUUAUCCAACAGAUAAAUUGUUAUCUGUUGGACAAGUGUUAGAAAAAAUGUACUGCACUAUCCACCAGAUAGAGAUUCAUUCAUUAGAUAUUGUUAUAUACCUAAACUUUCACUCAACAAAACAAACACUAUGAUUGGUUGAUUCUUGGUCACAUGCCCCUGAUCAAAUUCAAAUGUGUCCUGACUGGGAAAAUACAAUUGAUGAUGUUUUUAUAGUUGUUUGUAGCCUUUUGUUCUUAUUUUAUACAACAGCAUGUUUUGACAAUGUAGUUUUGUAUUUAGGAUUUUUAUUUAAGGGAAUUAGCGCUUUAUAAAUACUAAAUAUAAAACAAAUGUAUCCCAACUGGGAUACAAUUAUAUAUGGUCCAGCAUUUUUUGAUAUGACUGUUUAGUUAUCUAAAUAUAAAAAAAAAAUUUUGUUUGGUCCCUUUGGGUUCUGAUGUCUCCCUUCUGAUGUCUCCCUCGACUUCGUCUCAGGACACAUCAGGACUCUUGGGGAAAACAAAACUAACUGUUUCCCUUGAGACCAUACAUUAAGUGUAUAGUGUUAUCCACCCCUUCAUACAAGUGGCGUCAGAAAGGUAACAAGAAGAAGGAAAAAUAUCAACAACGAGAUAUUACUUGAUUUAACAUCAAAUCUUCAGAACUUGAAUCAUAGGCAACAUAUAGGAAACAGUGCAGAGAAUGUGUAUUUAGAUAUUGGGAGUGAAAAGGUUAAGAGUUGUGAGGCUUUGAUGGGUCUAAUGAAAUCAAUAAUUAUAAGAAGGGUUAUGAUUAAAUAACCCUGCAAGCUCAUGACAGUUAUGUUUGGUGGUUAUGUCAUAUUUUUAACAUUUUCUUCAUUUCAUUCUCUUGUCUAUAGUUUCAAAGGAAAUACAAGAAAAUAAAUUCCUUGAAGACAUGUUAGUGUGCAAACUUGACCGCACAGCACAUCGUUGCAUACGUAACUGGGAACAUCUGGCUUGCACACAACAAGUGAAUGCACCUCUGGAGACCCGCCUCAGAUGUAAACUUAUCAGUAGGGGCAGUUGUACUCGCACACUUAUUGACUUCCUGGCUGUUGCAAACGGAGAUAAAAGUGUGCAGUAUUUAAUAACAGCAUUGAAGAAUAUAAGGAGAAAUGAUGUAGUUAAAAUGAUCAAAGAAGUUUAUCCAGGUAUGUGUCAUCAUUGUACUUUUAGUUUAUCUUUUGUAUUUGAACAUCCAAGGUCCUAUUCAGAUGCCAACUUUUUUUUCAAGUGGAACCUAAUUUAUUGAAUAUCUGUAGGUGCAUGAAAAGUUUUGCAUUUGGGUUAAAUAAGAAUGGGAAAGAUAAAAACUUUUGGAAUUGCUUAACUCUUAAAAAUGUUCUCAUUGGGUUAAUUGGGAAUUUUGACUUUCAAACAUCUCUGAUUUUUACAGUGUAUUGUAUAUGCAUAAGUUGAGUAUAUACUCAACUUAAGCAUAUAUGUUUAUGAUCACAUUUUGCCUGAAAGUGCUGUAGAAACUAUUUCAGAGGUUUGGAAACAGUUAUUGAUUGACUAACUAAGUUCAGUGUCUGAAUCAAAAGGAAUAAUUCUCAUGAAACAUCAAAAUAAGCACCUCUUACAAUGCAGUGUUAAAUAAAUUUUCCAACCGGUAGAGCACUCCUUUCACCUGGUGAAUUUUUAAGAAUUGUGAGUGAUUUUAAGAGGUACUGCAGGUAGUAAAUCUCACCAGUUACUGCUUGAAAAGAAAAACUCUGCAAUGGAUCCUAGUUUUUUUCAACCUGCAGGGGAAAGGAAAUUUAAAUAACUUGAAUUUUAUGGUGUAGAUGUCAGUGUUUGACUGAGAUAAAGCGACACUAAUUUUGGUUUGAGGUAUUAAAAGUCUUAAGAAAUUAGGGGGUCAAGAACUUUUCAUUAAAUAAAUGCAUAGUACUGGUAACACCUUUUAAAAUGGUUGCUGACAGCUAAUACGCAACAAGCUCAGCAAAACCUAAAGGGAGAUGGAAGUUGAGGGAAAUGUGAGAACUUGCUGUGACAGUCCCAUCUUGCCUUUUAUUGUAUUUUUACUUUUAUGUUUUAUGUCUUAUGACUAAACAAUGAUGGCUUUCAAUUUUUUUUUUUGAUGACCGUCAUUACACUGCUAUUUCAUCACAUGCUACAGAUGCUACACAAGCUUCACAAACAAUGUUAAGUGACUUUGUUGCUUCCACUACCAACAAUGAUUUAAUUGAAAAGAUAACUACAAAACUGGAUGAGAAAUCUCGAGUUAACUCAUGUUGGAUGGACCUUGGCAGGCAAUUUCAACUUUCUGGUCAAAAAAUAAAAGAAAUUGAAUUAUGUGGGGAGUCUAAUCCAACCGAAGCAUUAAUGGAAUAUCUUUACGCCAAACAACGAGACCUCACAGUAAAAGUGUUCUAUGAAAAAGUAGAGGAAAUGAAGCGAGGAGAUGUCCUAAAAAAGUUGAAACCUUUUCGUGAUGGUAGGUUUGUAUGUAUUCAUAUUUUUGAGCUGAAACAUGGGUCACUGGAAUAACAGAGAUGAGGAUGGGGGGGAGGGGGGGGACAAACCAAAAAAAAGACCCUUUGACACUGACUAUAAGUUAUUAAACUGAGCUGGGAACAAACCCUAAUCCAAGCCAAUUUGUUGUGUUAAUUGAUAUUGCCAUAAUGGUAAAAAUCGACUCUUGACUUUUCAUCCCAGAGGGAAUAUGCCUUCCAACUCUUUGGAAUGAGAACUUUAAACUUGUCCCAGCUCUCACCUGCAGAUCAAUUUUUGUUGUUUAGCAGAAAAAUUUUGGUUAUUAAACACCAGAUUUUAGAAUGAAGAGCAUUAAAGGCAAAGCCAAAGGAAACUUUUGUAGAAGCGUUUGGGCAUCUUGGGAACCUCUUCAUAAGUCUUCUCUAUGCGUCUUUAGACGUGAUAGGGUCUUUGCAACAUUUUGAAAAUAACAAAAUUCCAUGCCUUUGAGUUGAAAAGGUACGAAUAUCCACAUUACCAUUACUUCUCUGUUACUUUUGAUAUGUCUGAGUACCCCUGAGGUAAAAUAUUCAAAACUAAUACAGGGAGUAUUUUUUUCUUACAACAGAAGGUCCUGAAAAACCUUUAUGGGAUGGGAUAAAGUUAGAUUCGAAUGAAAUGAUGAGCAUCUGUGUUGAUCUAAACUCACAAAAUAAAGCACUGAAGAACUGGAGGCAUCUGGCCAACGCACUGCAGGUUCCCAGGGACACGUACACGCAUUUUAACCCACAGCAGCCCAAGAGUCCUACUAAAGAGUUGUUAGAUUGGAUCUCUACAUCUAAGAGUGAUCUAAAAGUAGGUCAGCUUUGUGAUGCUCUGGAAAGCAUCGGGCGCAAUGAUGUAGUUAGAGACUUAAGGAAUUACUUUGAACAGCGUCCCGCUGGGAACUAAGCUCUAAGGACGGAUCAAAGUUAUUUUGUGAACCAGUCAAGAGCCCACAUGGCUUUCAAGUGGAAAAGCAACGUGGAGGAAGGAGACAGAACCACUUCAUCUGCUGUGAUGGAUUGAAGGCUGAGAGAAAAAAAUGUGCGAAAACGACUACUCGAACAUCGAAAGAAACUGAGAUUAACCUGAUUUCCUUGAAAUCACAUCCAAUCGAAUAGGACGGGGUUAACCUUUGGAACAAGGUUACGAGACCCUAAGAAAGUUAGAAUGUUACGACGGGUGGUUUUCAUUCAGUGAAGGAAGGAGUAUUUUUGGCUCUAUAAAUACAAAACAGAAAACUGAGGUUUCUUCAGAAUAACGAUAAGGCCGAAAGUUAAAUGCGUGAAACGCAUGACUAUUGGAUCAUCUAACUUUAUCUCACAUUGAAAAAUGAAGUAGCUAGUGUUUUGAUUUAUUUUUUUAAUUUUCCGCCAAAUUCAAUGGCAAACGUAUCUUAAUGGAAAGAACUGUGACUUAGUAGAAGCAACGAAUUCUGUUAUCCUUGGGAUCACAGUCGCAAAAGAGCUAUUACAAGAGUUUUAUAUACAAAGAAAGUUAAGUUAAGUCUAUCUGAGAUGGCAAACCCAUUUCAUUUUUGUCGUUUAGGACUAACAUUUUUGUAGUUGAGAUGGUACAGUUUCCAUUUGAGUGAUGAGACAAAUUUCACACAAAAAAUAUGAAAAUGAAAAGAUUGACAAAAUGAACAAAUAUCGCCGUUCCUACCCUAUGACGGGCUGGCUUUUUUGGCCUACUUACACCACUCUUAGGGCCAAUGCCUUAGUCGUCGGAGCAUGACGGGAUAACCAUGGGAACGAAUUUGUUGGGCAAGUUUGUAAAACCUGAGAAAGUUUGCCCUUGAUGAUGUAGUGGACGACAGAUUGAUAUCAAAUAAAAAUAGAUUUUGUUAAAAGCACAAAAUGUU